AGGAAGUCUCGAAGGGAAAAGGGAACAGAAGAGUUACAAAGCUCUCUUGGAAGAUCCAAUGCUGAAGUUCUCUGGGCUGUAUCAAGAAACUUGCUCUGACUUGUAUGUGACCUGUCAGGUGUUUGCAGAAGGGAAGCCUCUUGCUCUUCCGGUUAGAACUUCCUACAAAGCUUUUAGCACUAGAUGGAACUGGAAUGAAUGGCUGAAACUGCCUGUGAAGUAUCCAGACCUGCCUCGCAAUGCACAGGUGGCUCUGACCAUUUGGGAUGUAUAUGGACCCGGUAAAGCAGUUCCUGUGGGAGGAACCACCGUCUCGCUCUUUGGGAAAUAUGGUAUGUUUCGUCAGGGAAUGCAUGAUUUGAAAGUCUGGCCCAACGUAGAAGCUGAUGGCUCGGAGCCCACCAGAACUCCUGGGAGAACCAGCAGCACAGUCUCUGAAGAUCAGAUGAGCCGCUUGGCGAAG